AUGGUUUACCGCGCGAGCGCCGUUUGGCUCUCGCUGGUUCUCAGCCUCUCUGCUCCCCCAACGCUCGCCCGUACCAUUGGGCCGAGAGACAAGGUCCCAGAAGGAUUCUAUGCGGCUCCCUACUACCCCACGCCGCACGGCGGGUGGCUUGAUUCGUGGAAGGAUGCGUAUGCAAAGGCCCACGCCUUGGUGUCUCGGAUGACUUUGGCUGAGAAGACCAACAUCACGUCUGGCGUCGGCAUCUUCAUGGGUAUGCCAUGUGUGGGAAACACGGGAAGCGCCGACCGCCUGAGCUUCCCCCAGCUCUGCCUUCAAGACUCGGCGCUUGGGGUGGCAUCCGCCGACAACGUCACCGCUUUCCCACCCGGCAUCACCACCGGGGCGACGUGGGAUAAGGCCCUGAUGUACGCCCGCGGAGUUGCUAUUGGCAGGGAGUUCCGCGGCAAGGGGGCCAACGUCCAUCUCGGCCCCUCCGUUGGCCCCAUUGGACGGAAGCCACUCGGCGGCCGGAACUGGGAAGGGUUCGGCGCCGACCCGGUGCUGCAGGCCAAGGCGGCCGCCUUGCACAUUAAGGGCGUCCAGGAGCAGGGUGUUAUCGCGACCGUCAAGCAUCUGAUCGGGAACGAGCAGGAGAUGUUCCGCAUGUACAACCCGUUCCAGCCCGGGUACAGCGCCAACAUUGACGACCGGACGCUCCAUGAGUUGUACCUGUGGCCGUUCGCCGAGGCCGUCCACGCCGGCGUCGGCGCGGUCAUGACCGCCUACAAUGCCGUGAACGGGUCCGCCUCGUCGCAGAAUAGCUACCUGAUCAACGGCCUCCUCAAGGACGAGCUCGGCUUCCAGGGCAUGGUCAUGUCAGACUGGCUCAGUCACAUCUCGGGCGUCGGCUCGGCUCUGGCCGGUCUCGACCUCAACAUGCCGGGCGACACCAACGUCCCGCUCUUUGGCUUCAGCCUGUGGCAGUACGAGCUGACCAGGUCCGUCCUGAACGGCUCCGUGCCCCUAGAUAGGCUGAAUGACAUGGCUACCCGGGUGGUGGCGGCCUGGUAUAAGAUGAGGCAGGACAAGGAUUUCCCACGGCCCAACUUCUCGUCCAACACGCGGGACCGGAACGGGCUCCUGUACCCGGCCGCCAUCUUCUCUCCCAUCGGCCAGGUCAACUGGUUCGUUAACGUCCAGGAGGACCACUACAAGAUCGCUCGCCAGGUCGCCCAGGAUGCCAUUACGCUCCUCAAGAACGACGGCAGCCUUCUGCCGCUGACGGGCUCGGGAAAGAUCACCGUCUUCGGGACCGGCGCGCAGGUCAACCCCGCGGGGCCGAACGCCUGUCUGAACAGGGCGUGCAACAAGGGCACCCUCGGCAUGGGCUGGGGCUCGGGCGUGGCCGACUACCCCUACUUCGACGACCCCAUCACGGCCAUCAGGAAGAGGGUCCCGGACGUCGAGUUCCACAACAGCGACGAGUUCCCGCUCUUCUUCACGGGCGAGGCGCCGGCCCCCGACGACGUCGCCGUCGUCUUCAUCAGCUCGGACGCGGGCGAGAACAGCUUCACGGUCGAGAACAACCACGGCGACCGCGACGCGGACAAGCUGGCAGCCUGGCACGGCGGUGACGGGCUGGUCAAGAAGGUGGCCGACAAGUUCCCGAACGUGGUCGUCGUCGCCCACACGGUGGGGCCGCUCAUCCUCGAGCCCUGGAUCGACCACCCUUCCGUCAAGGCCGUCCUCUUCGCCCACCUCCCGGGCCAGGAGGCGGGCGAGUCGCUGGCCGGCGUCCUCUUCGGCGACGUGUCGCCGAGCGGUCACCUCCCCUACUCCAUCACCCGGGCCGAGACCGACUACCCCGACAGCAUCGCCAAGCUCAAGGGGUUCACCCUCGGCCAGGUCCAAGACACGUACUCGGAGGGGCUCUACAUCGACUACCGCUGGCUCAACAAGCGCUCCAUCAAGCCGCGUUUCGCCUUCGGCCACGGCCUCAGCUACACCACCUUCGCCUUCACCAACGCCACCAUUCGCGCCGUCACCGCCCCCCUGGACCCCAUCCCGCCGCCGCGGCCCUCCAAGCUGCCGACCCCGUCCUACCCGACCGACCUGCCCGCCGCCUCGGAGGCCUACUACCCGGACGGGUUCAAGCCCAUCUGGCGCUAUCUCUACUCGUGGCUGCCGAAGUCCGAGGCGGACGCCGCGUGGGCCAUCGGCGCCACCGGCAAGCAGAAGUACGCUUACCCGGACGGGUACUCAACCACGCAGAAGCCCGGGCCGGCGGCGGGCGGGGGCGAGGGCGGCCACCCGGCGCUGUGGGACGUGGCGUGGGAGGUCGACGUGACGAAGAAGACGACGGGUGGUGUCGGCGGCCCCGGCGGGCUGCCCCGGUUCUUCCCCGGCCCGGCGCGGGCCUCGGUGCAGGCGUACGUGCAGUACCCGCCGGGCAUCCCGUACGACACGCCGCCGGUGCAGCUGCGCGACUUUGAGAAGACGCCCCCCCUGGCGCCCGGCGAGAGCCAGACGGUCACGCUGCGGCUGACGCGCAAGGACGUCAGCGUCUGGGACGUCGAGCUGCAGAACUGGGUCGUCCCCGGGGCGACGCUCGGGGGAGGAGGGAAAGGCCCGGGCAGGUACACCAUCUGGAUCGGCGAGGCCAGUGAUCAGCUGUUCCUGGCCUGUUAUACGGAUACCGGCAAGUGCGAGCAGGGGCUGGAGCCGCCCGUCUGA